AUGCGCGUCGCUGCUCUUUUGCUCGCUAUUCCCUCUGUGCUGGCAUUUGAUUAUGUUGUUGGGGUUGGCAAGGAUGAGACGACUGGUCAGCUCGGAAUGGGCUUUGACCCUAGCUCGGUUCGUCCUCAGGCUGGAGACAAGAUUGUUUUCGAGUUUCGCGCCGGCAGCCACAGUGCUGUAGAAUCAACUUUCAAGGAUCCUUGUAUCCCCAAGCCCGGUGGAUACAACUCUGGUGUCAUCACGGUCGCCGAUGGCACACCUGUUGACUCGAAAGGUCUCCCGACGACCGAAUAUAUAGUCAAGGAUACCAACCCCGUUUGGUUCUUCGAUCAGGCUGGUGGCCUGUGCACCAAGGGUGCGGUCUUCUCCAUUAAUCCCGAGCUCACUCAUGAUGGCCAAAAUGCCGGUCAAUUCCGCGCAAAUGCCGAGGCAUCUGAUCCAACUACUGCUUCGGUCGCACCGACCUCGUCAAGCGCAUCUUCGACCGCUAGCAGUCCUCGACAGGAACUUCGGCAGGAUCCGCCUCCAGCCCCACCACAACCGCGAACCCAAGCACCAACUCGGCUACUAGCAUGGCUAGCUUUUCGAUGGGUGCUGUUCUAG